AUGGCCGAGCGUUGCCUUAGUACGGUGAUGAGUGAGGAAGAUCCGGCAUUGUGUGGCGGCGGAACGCUGAACAGGAUUAUGUGCGAUAACACUAGUGACCUGUGUUCGUCUCCUUCUCGCGGUUCGGGCGAGAGCUCAAGGUCGUCAAAUCGUCACAAGAGCAGCCGCACCGACUUCCCAAAUAUUAAGGAAGGAGACUACGCAGUACCACCAGAUGCCAGUCAAGACGUCAGGGCUACAUUAAUUAGCUCUGCUGAACCGAAAAACCACGCAAAGAGCGAGGAGCCACUGAUCAGAAUUGCUGUUUCGGAUAUUCGUUCGGUUACGAAACUGGUGAACAAAAUGGGCUACGGAUUGCAGAUAACGACGGCCAACGGUCAGCACUGCUAUGCUGCAGAAACGGUUCGUGCCACUGAUGAAUGGAUUGCUGUUCUGACGCACAGUUUACGCGAUGCAACAAUUUCGGAAGUUAGCCAGCGUGCCACUUGUCUUAAUACCGAAGUUAGCGGCCAUGUGAUAAAGGCGAAAUGUGGCAACGCAAAACGUCUUUUUGCCUCGGUUGUGGAGGACAAGUUGCUGUUCUUCAGGAGUUCCGAUGAUCGGGUCCCGUGCUCACAUAUCUGUCUGAAGGGUGCACACAUCUAUGAUAAGCUGAAAAAUGCUGUUGACGAAUCGGGUGGAAGUUCGGACGAGCAAGGUGAAAACAACUGCUCCCAAGAGUUCGAACAUACAGUUUCCGUUGAGAUUGCAAACACUGAUCCGGUGUACAUUGUUUUGAGAAGCGCUGAAGAGAAAGAUAAAUGGAUAUAUUUUUUGAAAAAAGCAGCCGGCGAUGCGACAGCAUUGGCCGGAACACCGUUCGAAGUGCUCGUGCAACGCAUGAUGACCGAAAAUACUGCGGACGAAGAUCCGCUAUGGAAUGAUGCACUUCUGACUACAUGUGAGGAAAAGCCCAAGGAAACGCUAAUGACAGUAUCGGACGAAUCGCUGCGGAGGAAAACACUGGAACUCGGGCGAGCAUGUUUUAUGUUUACUUCGGUGCUUAUGAGACCAGCCGGUGUACAGUAUCACAUUGAUCUCGCGCAGAACAUUCUCAGUACAGCAAUGCUCAGUGAUUUGCUUAAAAAUGAACUUUAUGCGUAUUUGGUGAAACUCACUUCCGGCUCCAUGCCGUACGGGAUCCAGGCUUGGAAGUUAAUGGCUUUAGCUGCACCAUUAUUUGCUCCACGGCAUUAUUCACUUUUAUGGUUAGUGCGUCGGCAUAUUGAGAAAUGGAGUGCAAAAAGAUGUGAUGAGGGUAAGUUCGCGAUGUACUGUUCACGAGCUCUAAAUCGUUGUCUGAAAGUGGGUGGACGAACAGAGGGUCCAAGCAAACUGGAGACAAUUUCCAUUUUGGUUAGAGACCCAACUUUAACGAAUAUGCCACACAGUAUCCCAGUGCUGUUGCCAACGAACGAGUACCAUGUUAUCGAUUUUGAUGGCUCUACGGAUAUUGGAGCUUGCUUGUCGACACUGUGUGUGAAAUGUGGUUUGCGACCUGCGCUGUUAAGUGGUUAUGCGUUAUAUGUCGAGGAUCCAGUACAGCCGGAUCGUUAUCUUCUCUUGAAAAACAAACAAAAACUAUGCGACUGCAUAUCACGAUGGGAACGGGAACUGAUGGACAGUAAGUGUGGGCGCGUUACGGAAGAUGUUGCACGAAUAAAAUUAGCACUUCGGCAUCGGCAGUACUGGAGUCAUCUGGUUUUGUCAGAAACAUCAGCCGAACGCACAUUUUUGGUGCAUCGAAUGGCGAACGAGAUUGUUGCUGGAAGGAUACCAGUAAGUAGUGAGCUAGGCGAAGAAUUAGCAGCUGUUUUCGCUCAGAUGAAAUUUGGUGAUUUGAAGACGAUGACAGAUGAGCAGUUUCGCGAAAUAAUAACAUCAUAUUACCCCGCCAAACUACUUGAUGUUGGUUGCGAAAGACCCAUAAGGCUGAAUGUUGAGACAAACUGGUCGGAGUUACGUGGUGUAUCAGCAGCCGAUUGCACUCGGAUGAUUUUGUUGGUGCUGCGAAAAUGGCGCUUUUUUGGUUCCUUCAUUAUGGAAGCGCGCAUGAAAAUGCGGAACGAUGAGAGCUUGUUUAUUGCACUCAACGAUCAAGGCGUCCAUUUGCUCACUUUUCGGCAGCUUGUUAGUAUUUAUGCAUCGUGCACCGUAACAGCAAUGCAAAAUGCAUUUUUUAGAGACUGCACACGUGUGUAUGUGUGUUCGGAUUUUUGUCUCGGGUUUUCAGCCCUGAAACCAAAAAAGCUAGGAAGCUGA